AUGGCAGUAUCUUUAGCAGAAGGCUCAGGAUUUAAAAGUACCAUUUUUGUCCCCAUGGCUGUGCAUCUCCCAAAGGAGAAAACGAAGUACAGGGGCUGUCUUAAAGAGCUUUUAAAGCAGCAAUCAGACCCAAGGCGAUCCCCAACAGCGUGCCCCAAAGGGUUAGACACCCCAACUCCCGCGAACUGCGGGGGGAACACGGGCUUUCUGCAAAGGGGUGGAGUUGAGCAAGAGUGGAGCGCGCAGCACUCUGCACACGGGGCGCUUUCCCCGGCCCGUCCCCGUCUCCGGGGUUCCGGACGGGCUGUCGCUGCGAGACGGCGAACUCCGGAGGCCGGCGGGCCUCGCGCGCCCCCAGCACCUCUCACCUCCUCGGCGGCGAAGCCUGGAGCGCAGCGGCAGCCCCCGUCCCGGGAGGCUGCACGCCGGAACGCCGACUCCCACCCACGACAGCCACCCUCGGGGGCCCCGGGCCGCGGGCGGAGGAGGGGCCGGCGGGUGCGGGGACCCGCCACCCCUACAUCCGGGACCCGCCCCCGUCCACCCGCCGCCCGAAGUUCACUCCCGGCCGCGCCGGGCGCCUCCCCGGGCGCCACACGGCGGGCCCAGCCGGGCCGCCCCGGGCCGGGGCCGGACUCCACGCCCCGCACGGCUCGCUCCGCUUCGAGCCCGGGGAGGGGGCGUCGCGAAGACUCCGAGAGGCGCGGAGCGCUUCCCCUCACGGCGGAGUCGCCCCGCGGCGAGCCCCCCGGCCGCCGGGCCACCCCCGAGCCUCCCCGGAGAGCCGCAGCCGCGCCGGGGCCGCCGCGCGACCCCGCCCCCGGGCGGGCAGCACCCCUCGGGGGAAACUAA